CGCUGGCCGAGCCUGGUCGGCUGGGACCCAACCCGACUCCUGUUCAGGUUAUCCAGGCUGCGUUGAAGGUCUCAUCGGACAAUCUCCAAAAGGCGAAUUCAAUGGUCGGGUCGAUCGCCGAGUCAUCGAGUGAUAGCUUGAACCGAACAAGGGCCGUGAAGAGCUGCCUGGAGGGGUUACAUAACUCUGACUACCGAAUAUCUCUGGCCAAUGCCGCGUUGCCAAGUGGAAAGACGAAGGACGCACGGGCGUGGAUGAGCGCAGCGCUGAUGUACCAGUACGGCUGCUGGUCCGCGCUCAAGAACGCGAACGACACCCAAUUGGUGAACCAGACGAUGUCGUUUGUCAAUUCCUUGACCGAACUUUCAAGCAAUGCGCUGAGCAUGGUGGCGUCUUACGACGACUACGGAGACGACAUGUCCACGUGGGCCCCGCCCAAAACAGAGCGGGACGGAUUCUGGGGGAGGGGUUUCGACGGUGGGUCAGAGCUUUGGUCCCGGGGCGGGUUCCCGUCAAAGUUGACGGUGGAUGUCAAGGUGUGUAACGAGGGGAGAGAUGGGUGUUACAAGACAGUGCAGGAGGCCGUUAAUGCUGCGCCCGAUCUCGGCGUUAAAUGGUUCGUGAUCCACAUAAUGGCCGGGGUUUAUGAGGAGACGGUGAGGGUCCCACUGGAGAAGAAUAAUGUUGUGUUUUUAGGGGACGGAAUGGGCAAAACUGUUAUUACUGGGUCAUUGAACGUUGGCCUUAAGGGAUUUACCACGUAUGAUAGUGCUACAGUUGGAGUUGUUGGUGAUGGGUUCAUGGCCAAAGGCAUAACCUUCCAAAACACAGCCGGAGUUGAUGCACACCAAGCUGUAGCAUUCAGAUCACUGAGUGAUCGUUCAGUGAUUGAGAAUUGUGAGUUCUUAGGCAACCAGGACACUCUCUACGCUCACUCACUUCGCCAAUUCUACAAAUCAUGCCGCAUCCAAGGCAACGUAGACUUCAUAUUCGGAAACUCUGCUUCCAUUUUCCAGGACUGCCACAUCUUAAUCGCGCCGCGACAAGCCAAUCCAGAGAAAGGCGAGAAGAACGCACUGACGGCGCACAGCCGGAGGGACCCUGCACAGUCUACUGGCUUUGUUUUUCAGAAUUGCUCAAUGAAUGGCACUGAAGAAUACAUGAGGUUGUAUAAGAGCAACCCAAAAGUCCACAAAAACUUUCUGGGAAGGCCAUGGAAAGAGUAUUCGAGAACAGUUUUCAUACGCUGUAACAUGGAACAGCUAAUCGCGCCUCAAGGAUGGUUGGAAUGGGACUCGGAUGCCGGUUUGAAAACGCUGUUUUAUGGCGAAUUCGAAAACACUGGAGCAGGGUCGGAAUUAUCUCAGAGAGUACCAUGGAGUAGCCGAAUUCCAGCUGAACAUGUUAAUACGUAUUCAGUUCAAAACUUCAUCCAAGGACAAGACUGGAUUCCUACAAAUUAAUAAUAGGAGCUCCAUAUAUUUCAGAUAUCUCUAUACCCAAAUUUAAUUCAGACCUUCAUUGAAAAAAUCACAAUAUUUUGACACCUGGUCAUUAGUACCUAGGAAAUAAUUUGUCAGGGAUUGAAGAUUUUGAGUCCAAAUUAUUACUAGUUUAUAUUUGACGGGAAAAAAAAACAAAGUAACAAAACCAAACCGUUAUUAAAACAAUUUUCGUUUAUGU